GUCAACAACAUGGCUCCGAGUGACCCGGCAGAUAACCUGAUCUCUAAGGUGUCCCAGCUGGCUGAUUCUCAUAUAUAUUUUGUCCGGAAUAUCAGCAUUGGCUUGGCAGUUGCCGGAGUCGUUUUGUGUGCAAGGAGCAUAAAACUGGUAACCAAGUUUACAAACGCUAAACACAUCCCAGACAAUUUCAUAAAAAGAAGUGUGAAGCUACGGGGUAAAGUCAUUAGUGUGAAGGAGCAUACCAUAGAAAUUGAACACAUUCCUAUCAGAGUUCCCAUUUUGACAUCUCUUCUCAAAAAAUGGCACGGUCAUGGCAUCCUAUUGGUCAGACUUGCUGGAGUGGAAUUAACUCCAAGUGGCCAGCAUUGGUUGCUGACUAAUCUCCAGCCUUCACAGAGGCUGUGGUUUCAGCUUCUGAACCGAGAAGACUCUAUGCUUGACUGUUUCAUCUUUAUCAACAGGGGUGGGUUCUUUAAUGAAUGCCUGAACGUCGUGCUGCUUAAAGAAGGACUGGGAAGAGCUGCUCAUAUUUCCAGCAAACAUGCAGAGCCUGGCCACCACUGGACAUUUUACAAACGGCUAUUACAAGCAGAAGUCCGUGCACAGAGAGCAAGAAAAGGCAUCUGGGAACAGGAGAGCCAACUUGAUGUUUUGAAAAAUAAAAUAUUCACUCAUAGUAUUUUCCAGAAGACAAAGCAACUUCUUAAUUCACUGGUCACUUACUGGAAACAAUUUAGAUCAUGA